AUGGCAGGCAAUCAAGACACGGUUGCGGCAAGCAAUCAAGACGCAGCUGCGGCAAGCAACCAAGACGCGGUUGUGACAAGCAAUCAAGCCGCGGCUGCGGCAAGCAAUCAGGACGCGGCUGCGGCAAGCAAUCGAGACGCGGCUACGACAAGCAACCAAGACCACAAUCCACCCACUACUCCAACGGCUGCAACAUCUACAACGGCUGCAACACCUGUUACGCCUGUUACGCCUGUCACACCUGUUACGCCUGUCACACCUGUCACGCCUGUUACGCCUGUCAAGCCUGUUGAGCCUGUCAAGCCUAUCAAGCCGGUCGAGCCUGUCAAGCCUAUCAAGCCGGUCGAGCCUGUCGAGCCUGUCGAGCCUGUUGAGCCUGUCAGACCUGUUGAGCCUGUUGAGCCUGCGAAAUCUACAGUAUUUGCACCAAGACCCGACAAUUCUAGGUCGUUUAGCCUGUAUAUCCCAUUCAACAUCAGGUUUUGGUUCCGUUGUCACUAUUGGAGCACCCGGGCGAGAAUGUCGUCGAACUCGAAGUCGAAUUUCCUGACCAAAUUCGAAUCUGGCGAUGAUAUCAAUCGCGCCGAUGCCGCGUUUCGAAUGGAUUGCAUUGAGACAAACGAUAAUCUGCGCCGCAUGGUCGUCAGAGAAUACUACCAAGAGUGUAGUAGGAAGAAAAAUCCGACCAUCAAAGACCUGAAGAUUGCUUUGAUACGGGUAUGCCAGAAGAACAACGAGUCCACGGAUGAGACUAUCGCACGCUUUCGCGCCCGCUGGCCAUGGUCCUCGGAAGCCGACCCAGACCCAAAUGACCGAAGGAUCAACGGCGUAUGGCAGGAUGGCACAUACGUCUUACCCGACAUAAUACCUGUAUCAAUUUUGAAAGUUACAAAGCCUGGCGUCACUCAUUUGGAGUAG